AAUAGAUUUGAAGUUUAAAUGGUAUAUAUAAAAUUAAGGCAAAUUCCAUGAAUUGAAAUUAAUAAUUUGUUAAUUAAAUUCGAGUGUAUAAAUAUGCAUCACCUCUGAACUUUUUCUAACAUUCUGAAAUCUGGAAUAAUUUUUUUUUUUUUUAAAAAGUUCAUUUCUGUAAAUCUUGAAAUCUGUAUCUAGUUUUAAACUUGAGUGGACAAUGUCAGUUAUGGCGACGGAGACGAAUAAAAUCACCCUUCUAACGGCGGAUGAAGAGGAAUUCGUAGUGGAUGAAGCCAUAGCGAUGGAGUUCGGCACGGUGAAGACGUACUACGAGGACAAUCCAGACUCGUGCGAUGAAGCCAUUCCACUCCCCAACGUGACAUCCAAAUACUUGGCAAAAGUGAUCGAAUACUACAAGUGGCAUGUAGAGCAUCGAGCUAGGAAAGCACCGAAACCGGAGGAAGACGAGGAAGCGAAGGCGUUUGAUGAAGCGCUGUUCAAUACGCUGGACAACGAGGGAAUGAAACAGAUGAUAAUGGCGGCUAACUAUCUGGAUGCAAAAGAUCUGCUUGAAAUGCUGACGCAAGCAGUGGCGGAUAGGAUAAAAAAUAAGAGUGUGGAAUAUGUUAGGAAGGUUUUCGGGAUCGAGAACGAUUAUACGCCAGAGGAAGAGGCUGAGCUUAGGAAACAGAAUGAAUGGGCUUUCGAAGAUUUGGAUCCCGACGAUAAUUGA